CCCCCAUCCUGUCUUCUUCCCGGAGCCUGGGCCUCCACUGCACAGCCUGGAGCAGCCUCUGCCCUGCCUCUCGCCCAACCCCCAGCGCCUGAGCUGUGCUACUGAGGCUUCUGAAGAGGAGAGAGGUGCUCCUCACUCGCCAUGGUACAAGCACAAGUGAGGGUGUCCACAGCCCUGGCUGGGCCCCAAGCUGCAGGCUAAGCUUCUGUCUGAAGCCUAGGGACUUGCCUCCAUCCCCUCCCUUUCUCCUAAACCACUAAGUCAGCACAUUCCUGAAGCAGCCAAGUGGACCCCCUCCCCCUGGACCCACCCCUCUUUCCCCACUCCUGCCUGAGCUGUUAGGUUGGUCCAGGAAGGCUGGUUGCCCUGUGGGCAGACACACCCCUUCAGUGCCUGCUCUUGUAUUGUCCUUGGCAUUGAAGUAUGGCCAUUGGUAGUGAGGUCAAGGGGAGGAGGUGGGUGCUAGAAAUCCUUGGGGCAGUUGGGGCAUGGACUGCCCAGGUCCUGGAGAGUGCCUCUAGAACUGGGCUUUUAUGUGGGCUGUGGUUCUGCCUUGCUCCCUGCCUGCCUUCCACCUACCUGACUCAGACCUGCCAGGAAUGCCCUGCCCCAGGGCCCUGAGUCCUGCUGGGUGAGCUCUAGCUCUCCCUGAGCCAUGCCAGGCAUGUGUGACUGGCCCUGGCUGGGGUCAGCAAGGGCGUGUCGACAGAAGCAUGCGAACAGGCUCCUUGGGUGCUGACAGCCAGGUGGGGUUUGGUGCAGGAGAAGGCGGGCAGCUAGCAGGAGGGGACGGUCACGAGGCUUCAGAAGCCCACUGAGCAGUGCCCAGAGUCAUAGCUUUGCUUGCUGGACAUUUUCCCUUGCCCCAGCUUCUUUUCCUCGUGUGUGUGGUGUAGUAGAGCCUGUCUGAGCUGUGGAGUCAGACACACAUAGCCAGGUACUGCUUCACCUGUAAGUCUAUUUGUUUCAUCUGUAAAAUGGGGGCAUUCCACCCCUUUUCAGAGGCAGGUGGCAAGGGCCGGGUGGGAGUGUAAACAGGUGCCAGGGAGCAUGCCUUUCCUCCUCUUUUCUGUGGGAGACACACCCUCAAAGGAGCAGAGCAGGCAGGGUAAGGUGGCCGCAAGCUGACCUUUGCCCUGGUUCUUGGCAGAGGACCUUCCUGGGGACUGGGCAGCCCUGGCACUUAAUCUCAGCCCAUCCCUGUUCCCCCUCCCAAUCAGCUUUCAACCCAGCCAGUGAAAACUAACCUAGGGGGAGGGGGUAACUGUGCAGCGUAUUCCUUCCCCAGUCCAGCUGCCAUCCUGGGGGAGGGGGUGCCAGCUGCCACCUGUUGGCCAAGUCCUGACUGAGGCAGCUGUCACUGCCUCCUCUAGGCCCAGAUCCCCCUUCCCAGGACAGGGGCUGGGGUCUUUUGGGAUCCUGGGGAAGUAGACCCCUCAGGCCUCUGCUUGCCCUUUUGUCUCACCUGGGCUGGUUGGGAACCGGUCUGGUGAGGAAGGGAGGCUGCCUUGGUGGAGGGGGUGGGGCCAGGCCUCCCUUUCCUCUAAUGAGAAGCCUUGACCCUGCCCCUCCCCCAUUUCAGUGAAGGCGUCUUCAAGUGCCCUGAGGACCAGCUUCCUCUGGACUAUGCCAAGAUCUACCCAGACCCCGAGCUGGAAGUACAAGUAUUGGGCCUGCCUAUCCGCUGCAUCCACAGUGAGGAGGGCUGCCGCUGGAAUGGGCCACUACGCCAUCUACAGGGCCACCUGAAUACCUGCAGCUUCAACGUCGUUCCCUGCCCUAAUCGCUGCCCCAUGAAACUGAGCCGCCGUGAUCUACCUGCACACUUGCAGCACGACUGCCCCAAGCGGCGCCUCAAGUAGCCAUGAGGGUAUGUGCCCCCAAGAGAGUGUCUACUGUGAGAAUAAGUGUGGUGCCCGCAUGAUGCGGCGGCUGCUGGCCCAGCAUGCCACCUCUGAGUGCCCCAAGCGCACUCAGCCCUGCACCUACUGCACCAAGGAGUUCGUCUUUGACACCAUCCAGAGCCACCAGUACCAGUGCCCAAGGCUGCCUGUUCCCUGCCCCAACCAGUGUGGUGUGGGCACUGUGGCCCGGGAGGACCUGCCAGGCCAUCUGAAGGACAGCUGUAGCACUGCCCUGGUGCUCUGCCCAUUCAAAGACUCCGGCUGCAAGCACAGGUGCCCUAAGCUGGCAAUGGCACGGCAUGUGGAGGAGAGUGUGAAGCCACAUCUGGCCAUGAUGUGUGCCCUGGUAAGCCGGCAACGGCAGGAGCUGCAGGAGCUUCGGCGAGAGCUGGAGGAGCUAUCAGUGGGCAGUGAUGGCGUGCUCAUCUGGAAGAUUGGCAGCUAUGGACGGCGGCUACAGGAGGCCAAGGCCAAGCCCAACCUUGAGUGCUUCAGCCCUGCCUUCUACACACAUAAGUAUGGUUACAAGCUGCAGGUGUCUGCAUUCCUCAAUGGCAAUGGCAGUGGCGAGGGCACACACCUCUCACUGUACAUUCGUGUGCUGCCUGGUGCCUUUGACAAUCUCCUUGAGUGGCCCUUUGCCCGCCGUGUCACCUUCUCCCUGCUGGAUCAGAGCGACCCUGGGCUGGCUAAACCACAGCACGUCACUGAGACCUUCCACCCCGACCCAAACUGGAAGAAUUUCCAGAAGCCGGGCACGUGGCGGGGCUCCCUGGAUGAGAGUUCUCUGGGCUUUGGUUAUCCCAAGUUCAUCUCUCACCAGGACAUUCGAAAGCGAAACUAUGUGCGGGAUGAUGCAGUCUUCAUCCGUGCUGCUGUUGAACUGCCCCGGAAGAUCCUCAGCUGAGUGCAGGCAGGGUUUGAGGGGAAAGGACGAUGGGGCAUGACCUCAGUCAGGCACUGGCUGAACUUGGAGAGGGGGCCGGACCCCCGUCAGCUGCUUCUGCUGCCUAGGUUCUGUUACCCCAUUCUGCCUCCCCCAACCACCACCCUCAGGUGCCUCCAAUUGGUGCUUCAGCCCUGGCCCCUGUGGGGAACAGGUCUUGGGGUCAUCAAGGGCUGGAAACAAGUGACCCUAGGGCCUGUCUCCCUUCUUGGGUAGGGCAGACUUGCCUUGGUGCCGGUAACACAAUACCCGGACUGAGGUGCCUGCUCAGGUGCUAUGUCCCAAGAGCCAUAGGGGGGUGGGAGUUGGGGAUGGAGAAAGGGUAGGACAAAGAGUCUGUCUUGAGAUCUGAUUUUUUUCCCCUUUCCCUAGCUGUGCCCCCUCUGGUUAUUUAUUUCCUUAGUGCCAGGAGGGCACAGCAGGGGAGCCCUGCUUUUUAAUAAACCUGGAAUUGUAUUUAUUAAUUUGCUUCCAGCCUGACUUACCUGGGUUGGUUAGGGCCCUGGGAGGCUCAAUCAAACUGAAGGCAAAGAAAGGACCAGUCAGAGAAGGGCCGCUGCCUGGGUCUGGCCCCAAGAUCCAGCUGCCCUGCUGGCUCGCCCUCCGAUGGACGCCAGGGAAACUGCAUCGGGCUUUGUAUGAAAGACGGUCCCUGCCGCUGCCCUCUGGCGAUGAAAUGGGGGAGGUGUAUGGCCUGUAUGUUUCGUAAGGCUGGAGUCCCUGGUCAGCCAUACCAGACUAGUGCCUCUGCCCUAGGCAGGUCUUUCUUGGUCUAAUGAUAAUAGGUACUGACACUGCUAAGCACUUUACGUGCAUUAUUAUUUUACUGAAAAGAACUGUCAAGUGAAAUAUUUUUUAUCACAAUAACUGGCUUUGUGGGCUCUAGAGAAGAGUUCAUGAGGCAAUGCAUGUUCUUGUCCCAGAGUAAGUGCUUAGUGAAUGCUUUUUAACUCCGAACCCCAGCCGCAUCCAGGGGACUGGAUGUUGAGCACAAGGGGCCUUCAAGAUGUUUAAGGCACUUGGAUUUUCUUCUGUCUCUCAUCAGCCUUUCUUAUGGGCCUCUGUGGGUGUGUGUGAUUAUCUACGUUUCACUGAUGAAACACAGAGGAGUGACUGACUUAUCAAUGAUUCUUCUGCGGGUUCGGGCAGGGCCUGGAUUCUGUUUUAACUCCAGUAGUCCCUAGAAGUUGUAGCUUCCUCUAAUUUUGGCAAUAGGUGUGGGUCGUUGUGCUUGCUUUUGGCAAGUUUCUGAGCGACGUAGGUCCUCCAUUACCCUCACUGGUGAAAGCCAGCUCACCUCCCAGAUUUACUGUAAAGAUUAAAUGAACUGGUC